AUGACACGCGGUCACAUGAAGAUGCAAGCUAAGGCGAAGAAUCUGAAGAAGCAAGAAGCACUGAAGAAAUCAAUUGGACAUGACCAGAAGGGUGCGUGCCUCAAAUCGCUUAUCUAUAAAUGCACUGUUUGUAUGGCGCAGAUGAUGGAUAAAAGGAGUUAUAAGGAACAUUUCGAAUCGAAGCAUCCGAAAAGUCCACUGCCGGCAGAGCUAAUGGAACAGCCGGCAGGAUCAUAA